AUGGACAGCGUAAAAGUUGCAGUUCGAGUUCGGCCUUUCAAUCAGCGAGAGAAGAAUGCAGGAAGCAAUGUGUGAUUUCAAUGCAAUCUGGGACUACCACCACUAUAUAUUGACCCCAAGAACCCAGAACACAUAAAAAUUUUUACUUUUGAUUUGGCAUAUUGGUCUCACAGUGGUUUUCAAAGGGACAAAGAUGGUGUACUUAUUUCAACCGGUCCUAACAGCGAAUUUGCAGGCCAGAGAGAUGUUUUUCGUGACCUUGGUCAAGGAGUUUUGGACAGUGCUUGGCAGGGUUAUAAUGCCACCCUCCUGGCCUAUGGUCAGACUGGUUCUGGGAAAAGCUACUCCAUGAUUGGUUAUGGUGCAGACAAGGGCGUAAUCCCAAAUGUGUGUGAAGAACUCUUUAAAGCCACUGAAAACAAAGAGAAAAACCAGCAGUAUCAGGUGACAUUCAGUAUGCUGGAAAUUUACAAUGAACAGGUUAGGGAUUUGCUCUCUAAAACCAAGAAGCCUGGAGGGCUUAAGGUAAGAGAAGAUCAGCACCAAGGCUUUUAUGUAGAUGGUUUGACUUCUGUACCUUGUGACAGCUACGCACAAAUUGAGAGGCUAAUGGAACAAGGCAUUAAAGCCAGAACUACUGCAGCAACAAGCAUGAAUGCCACCAGCAGCCGGUCCCAUAUGGUCAUCACCAUUCAAUUUAAACAGGUUUUUCUUGAUGGAGACCUCACCAAGCAAUCCAUUAUUAAUUUGGUGGAUUUGGCAGGUAGUGAAAGGCAAAAAUCCUCUGCAUCUGAAGGAGACAGAUUGAGAGAAGGGUCACGUGUUACCUUGAGUUUAACCACACUGGGCAAUGUAAUCAGUGCUCUUGCAGAUGUUGCCAUGGGGAAAAGAGUUCUGCACAUCCCUUACAGAGACUCUGUUCUGACCAGACUCCUCCAGUCAGCCUUGGGUGGGAACAGUAAGACUAUUAUGAUUGCUGCUAUAAGUCCUGCUGAUAUCUGUUAUGAAGAAACUUUGUCAACUUUAAGAUACGCUGAAAGAACUAAAAAGAUCAAGAAUAAAGCUGUGAUAAAUACAAGCCCCACCGAGAAGUUGAUAAAAGAACUGAAGGCAGAAAACAACAGACUGUUGUCUAGGCUUGCUGGACUGGGAAAUUCAGGGAAAAGAGUAGCAGAUAAAACAAAGGAACUGGAGUAUUUACUGGCAAAAAACCAACUGCGCCUUCAGACUAUACAGAUUACAUGGGAACACCAGUUGGAAGAGGCUCGAAAGGAAUGGGAAGAACAAUAUAAUGCAAUCACGCAGGAACGGCAAAUGACAAAGGCUUUCCCUUAUCUCUUCAAUGUCAAUGAGGACCCACAACUCACAGGAGUUCUUAAGCACUUCAUUCAAGCUGGUUCAUCUGAUGUUGGUCAAGCAGCUUCAAAUAAAAUUAUCCUUCAAGGAUUGGGAAUUUCUGAUAAACAUGCCACAUUCACCAACGUGGAUGGAGAAGUGACCGUGAGGCCUCAGAACAAGUGCAGAGUUCUUGUCAACGGUGUGCCAACAGUUACAAAGACAAAGCUACAGCAUUUGGACCGAGUAAUUUUGGGAUCCAACAGUGCCUACCUCUACGUUGGAUUUCCUUCUGAACGUAGCAAUGACGACUUGGCCAGGUUUGAUUAUGACUUUUUUCAGUCCGAACUUGCAGCAGCAGAGGGAGUAAGUGUGGAUAAGCUUGGUGCUAUAAAUAAUAAAGAUGGGAAAGUUGAUCCCAGUGUUCUGGCUGUAUUCCAGGAUUAUAUCAAAUUGAUACCUUUGGUUGCAGAAGCAAAUCAAAUGAGUGAAGAGCUGAUGAAGGGGCUUAAAUUGGAGCUAAAAGUGAAGAAUUUGGCAUCAUCCGAUUCUAAAGGUUAUGAUCUGCAAAAGGAAGUCAUAGUGAAGGUGACCAACAGAGAGACUCAGGAGGUAUGGAUAUGGGAUAAAGCCAAGUUCAUUAACAGGAAAUAUCUAAUGGAGGAAAUUUACCAGCACUUUUUAGAUGGAGAAGAUAUCCAGGUAGCUCAAGAAGAUGACCCAUUCUGGGAUCCCACUGAGGCCAUUCACCUGGGAUCCGCUCAUGUCUGGCUCCAGUCUCUUGCUUAUUCCAUGAAACUCGAAGAGCAGGCAGAACUUUUGAACUCUGAAGGGCUGGAAGAGGCUGUUGUACUCAUCAACAUAAUUCCAUGUUCAAGAACAGGAGAGGCUUAUGGUGAGGACGAUGUGGUUAUCGACCCUUUAGAGCUACUUGGCAAGAGGAUUGAUUUCCAGAUUCAGAUUGCACAGUGCCUUGGUGUUAAAUGGCUCAAAGAAGAUGCAAGGAGGGGCAUACAAAUUGGCUACAAAGUCUAUGACCUUCCAAUCACUUUGUACACAAAGCCUGUCUGGAAAAACACGAAUGCCAAAAUUGAAGAGACAGUCCAUUUUGUGGCCUUAAAUGCAUCUCAUGAGUUCUUGAAUUACUUACAGAAAAAUGCUCUAAAUGUUGACUUAUGGGGUCUUCAAGAAGGCUGUACUGAACUGAACUAUACUCAGAAAGACCUUAUCACACGGGAAGGCAACAUUUUGGUAGACAAUACGAAAACAUUAACAGCUCCAGACGCCAACCAGGCUGCAUCAAACCAAAUGGCAGAACUUUAUUUGAAGCUACUGAAGUUAGAACAGGAAACAGAACUGCUGAGAAACAUUAACAGAGCCCUAAAAGAAGAGAACGUACUUCUCAAGGAUUCACUAAAGGGAUGUGGUCCUGGACAAGAUCAUAAACUAUCUAGUGCAUCCAGAAUAACUGCACAGGCAGCAUCACAAAAAGACACUCCCCAGAUGCACACUCCUCGGAUCAGCAAUGAUGCUGACUUUGCCAAAGCUCUUAAGGUCUUCUAUCAAGGUAUGAACAUAGUAAGAGGACAGUUUCUCAAGCUAAGACAUAACAGGCCUCCUGAAGACGAUCAAAUGUUACGUCCUUUUACACUAAGACAGUCACAUCUCUUAAAGGACAUUGGUGAACUACUCGAAGCCAGCCUGUGGAAACUGAAAAAUGAUGUUGCUCUCAUAGUUAAGAAGAAGAGAGAGAGUUUAGUGCACACCAAAUAUCGAGGCUCCAGCUUCCCAUAAAACAUUUAAAAUUCACUUUGAUUAACUUGUUAAUAUUAAUGCUGGUUUACUAAAUACUUAUGUUUUAUAAAAGAGGCUGAAUGAGUUAAUUACUGAUCAAAAAAUUAUCUGUAGUUUGAAAAUGAAAUCUGUAGGUACCGAGGACAAACUGUAAAUGGCUUAAAACCCUAAAUUUUUUAAUUAUAUGCUAUCAUUUGAACCAUUUAUUUACUUUGUGUGUAUAAUAAUUAUCUAAGGAAACUCAUUAAAGGAAAAGCUAUUUCCAGUGACCACACUGAGGAUGUUUUAAAAGACUGUACUAUUUUAUGUGUACUCAGAGUUUAAUUCUGAAUGAGACAGCAUGAUAAGCGCUUGGGGUCUGAGAAAGCAGCACAAACCAGAAUGGACUUUGAAAAAGUUGGUCUACUCC